GCGACCGCAGCCCUGGCUGGCGGGUUCUGGGGUCUGAGUGUCCCCACUGGAGCUCUCGCGACAGUGAUGAUGGCGGACCCUGCGUGGAGAGACCCGAGUAGGCGCCCGGCAGAGCUCUCCGGAGACCUGUCCUCCCAGGAGGAGGAAGAGGAGGAGGCCGACGCCGAAGCCAGCGACUUGAGCUCCUGCUCCUCAGCCAGCAGCGACACUGAUCUGGAGCCUGAGUGGCUGGACAGUGUGCAGAGGAAUGGAGAACUGUUUUACCUGGAACUAAGUGAGGAUGAGGAGGAGAGCCUCCUUCCAGAGACCCAGACUGUGAACCAUGUGAACCAUGUCAGGUUCAGUGAGAAGGAGGUCAUCAUUGAAGAGGAUGAUCCCAGAGAACGAAAGAAGUAUGAGCCCAAGCUUAAGCGCUUCACCAAGAUCUUGAAAAGCAAAAGACUUCUACCCAAGCGCAACCACAAAAAGAACAGCAAUGACAGUGGCCCGGUGUCCAUCCUCAAGCACCGGUCCAACCAGAAGACCGGACUCACAGUGCAGCAACGGUACAAGGACGUGACGGUCUACAUCAACCCCAAGAAGCUAACUGUCAUUAAAGCCAGGGAGCCACUCAAACUCCUGGAAGUGCUGGUGGGAAUCAUCCAUCAGACCAAGUGGAGCUGGAGACGGAGCAGGAAGCAGGCAGAUGGAGAGAGGCUCGUGGUGCAUGGCCUGUUGCCCGGAGGCUCUGCUAUGAAGAGCGGUCAGGUACUGGUUGGCGAUGUCCUUGUUGCUGUGAAUGAUGUAGAAGUGACUUCUGAAAACAUAGAGAGAGUUCUGUCUUGCAUCCCUGGGCCAAUGCAGGUGAAGCUAACAUUUGAAAAUGCAUAUGCCGUGAAAAAGGAAACAGCCCAACCAAAAAAGAAGACACAGGCAUGCACGAAUGAUUUGGUAAAGCUCCUCUGCGGGUUAGAGGCUGAUGGUGUUCAGCAGAGUGCCCUGGACGUCCCACACAUGACCAUGUACCUCACGCUGCAGAUCCACUCAGAAGCGGCCAGAGAGGAGCAGGAAAUUCUUUACCAUUACCCAGUGUCUGAAGCAUCUCAGAAACUCAAGAGCGUGAGGGGCAUUUUUCUCACACUCUGCGACAUGCUGGAAAGUGUAACUGGGACACAAGUCACUAGGUAUUACUCGUCCCUCCAUUUAAAUGGAAAACAAAUUCAUGUUGCUUACUUGAAAGAAUCUGACAAGUUGUUGUUAAUUGGCCUGCCUGCUGAAGAAGUUCCUCUUCCCCAGCUAAGGAACAUGAUAGAAGAUGCUGCUCAAACCCUAAAGUUUAUGUAUGGUUCUUUAGACAGUGCCUUCUGCCAGGUUGAGAACACUCCUCGUUUGGAUCAUUUCUUCAGCUUGUUCUUUAAGCGAGCUCUUCAGCCUGAUAAGUUCUAUGUCAGUGCCAGCCCCAGCGCUCAACAGUAUGAUGCAGCCAGCGCCGUGCUGUUAGACAACCUCCCCGGAGUCCGCUGGCUCACCCUGCCACAGGAACUCAAGGUGGAACUGGACACAGCGUUGAGUGACCUUGAGGCCGCAGACUUCGAAGAACUGUCCGAGGACUACUAUGACAUGAGACGGCUGUAUACAAUUUUGGGGUCUUCUCUGUUCUACAAGGGUUAUUUGGUGUGCAGCCAUCUGCCUAAGGAUGAUGUUGUUGAGAUUGCUACCUACUGUCGCCAGUACUGCCUGCUGCCUUUAGCAGCAAAGCAGAGAAUUGGUCAGCUGAUAAUAUGGAGAGAAGUGUUCCCACGACAUCACCUCCAGCCUCCUACAGGCUCAGACACCGAGGUCUUCCAGGAACCUGAAGGGAGAUAUUUUUUACUGAUUGUUGGGUUGCGACAUUAUAUGUUGUGUGUGCUAUUAGAAGCCGGAGGCUGUGCAUCUAAAGCUAUUGGUACCCCUGGUCCAGAUUGUAUCUAUGUCGAUCAGGUCAAAGCAACUCUUCAUCAGUUGGAAGGAAUAGACUCCCGCAUAGAGGAGCGGCUAGCCACACCUCUGGGGCCGUGCUUGUCUUGCGCUGACUGGUUCCUUGCUGUACCACGUGAAAAGGUGGAUGGUCUGACUACUUCACCUAUCCUCAGUAGGCUCCAGGGGCCUUCCAAAACAGCAACCUCUCCAACAUGCAGAAGAACCUUCUUCAGUGACUAUUCCUUCAAGGCACGAAAGCCCAGUCCCUCCAGAAGCAGUGGAGGAUGUGAGCCUGGUGAAGGGGGAGAAAGUGUUGGUCUGAGCCCACAUACUACCCCAGAUGCAGUACGGAAGCAAAGAGAAUCUGAUGGCUCAGACGACAAUGUGGCCUUGCUUAAGCUCGCUAGAAAGAAGUCAACGCUUCCAAAUCCGUUUCAUUUGGGAAAUUUGAAAAAAGAACUUUCAGAAAAUGACCUGGAAGUCUAUAACAUGGUGAAAUUGACCUCUGGUCCUGAGAAUACACUCUUCCACUAUGUUGCCUUAGAAACAAUGCAAGGCAUCUUCAUCACCCCCACCCAUGAAGAGGUGGCUCAGCUAGGUGGUUCCAUCCAUUCUCAACUAAUAAAGAAUUUCCAUCAGUGCUGUCUCUCUAUUCGUGCAAUUUUCCAGCAGACAUUGAAGGAAGAGAAAAAGAAAGCGCUAAGUGGUGGAGGUGAUUCAGAGUCUGCAAACUCGGUGUCUUCUCUGACCCCUGUGAAAGAACAUGGCGUGCUGUUCGAGUGUUCACCUGAAAACUGGACUGACCAGAAAAAAGCACCACCAGUUAUGUGCUACUGGGUGGUAGGAAGGCUCUUUCUUCAUCCCAAACCUCAGGAACUGUAUGUCUGUUUUCAUGACUCCGUCUCAGAAAUUGCCAUUGAAAUGGCAUUUAAAUUGUUCUUUGGAUUAACGUUGUAGCAACGUUUGUAGGAUGCAAAGCAACACAAAUGGACCCUGGGACAGUGUUAGAAUGGCUGAAAUCAACAUAUAAAGAGAAGGCUUAGUGUAUUCAUUGUUCAGUAUUGAAUUUAUCCUGCUAAUACUGAGACUCAGUGCUGUUGGGUUGGUGCAUCAAAUCAUGUGUAGUAUUAUAUAAGACAUCCGGGCUGAUGUGGAGUCAGGGUUGCUAACUUAUUGCCAUUUUGGUAUACCAUGCUAAUUUAUUGAAAAGUUUUAAAUAAUGUGAAUUCUUUAAUAAAAAAAUUAACAUAGGAGAUGUUUAUCGGGGGAUCGUAUUCAACUCAUUGCUUUUCUUAAAGUCCAGUACUGACUGAUACCUGGUAAAGGAAUCAUGGCACUGAAGAGAUGACAAGGUUCUGCAGUCUGUGCUGUGCUGUGAGUGAGCCCUUGCACCAGAUAGACCUCAGAGCACCUGGACAACCACAUGAUUAUUGCAUUGGGACUGUGAAAGGCCCACUUAAGAAAAAUGUGUUGCUUUUUUUCCUUUUGGUUUGGUUUGGGGUUUUUUUGUUUGUUUGUUUGUUUGUUUUGCUUAUUGGUCAGUAUCUAAAUUUGCAAUGUCUGUGUUUUGGUUUCUUAGAAAAUCAGAAUCCUUUGCAUUAGUUUAAGUAUUUUAGUAGAUAUCUCACUACAGAGAUAUGGGGGAAGGAUAUCAGUGAGAGUUAAUUUAUAUUUAUUUGAUUCCCUUUAUUCUUUGUGGUAAACUUCAUUUGGAUUAGGAUACAUGUUUGUAAUCAUCUGUAAACUUCCAUUGCUUUCUUUCUUGUUGAAGUACAUUCUGGUUCAUAUACAUUUACAGCAACUCUACCAAAUCACAUUGGAAACACUGAGAGGGGACUGGGGAGAUGUCUCAGAGGUCAUGAACAAGUACCUCACUGGAAAAGACCUGAGUUCAGCUCCUGGCCCCCAGGCCAGGCAUUUCAAAACCACCUGUAACUUUAGGGAAUCCUUUGGCCUCAACAAGUACCCCAACACACAAUUAGAAAAUAAAAUCCGCUUUAAAACACUGAAAAGAAGGAAAAAAAAAAAAAACAAGCUAAAGCCAUGGUUACUUCUAAAGAACUUUAUUUUAAUUGUAAGAUUAUACUAGUCUUCCACCCACCUGAGAAGGAUUAAUAUUAUCUAAAUAAACAGGAAGUGCAGAGCAAGCAGCUUCCAAAACUAUAGAAAUGACUAGACAGUCACCCAAGAUAUCCCUAUAACACUGUAGCAUCAUAUGAAAGUAAAAGACGUUGCCUACCUGGUAUUCUUAGAAAAUCAGACAUAGUGAGGCAUGGUGGCACAUGCCUGUAAUCCCAGUAUUCAGGAGGCUGAGGCAGGGGGAUAUAAUAAAUUCAAGAACAGGCAGGGCUACAUAACAAGACCCUAGUUCAAACAAACAACAAAAACAUAAGUACUUGCUCAGUACAAAGAAAUUUUAGACUCUUGCUUUCCCUUCUCCUCUCCCUUCUCUCUGUUCUUAGCUUUCUUUAGUUUCUGUCAUGUCAUGGAGAACUGUCCCUAAGAGGUUAGGAAGUGUGUUACUUUUUGUGCCAAUGGACUGUGGAUAAUGAUACAUACCUAACAAAACAGCAAUUGUAAAAUAAUUGCUUUUACAUAUUUCUGACACCAAUUGAAAAAAACUGUGAAACCAUCCUACUACGUUUGUCUGCCAUUGUUUGUUUCUGUGUGUUCUCUCUAAACCAUGGUUGUCACAUGGUUAAAGCGUGAGCUGUGGCUACCUUUUGUCAUUAGAUGGCCACUGCUUGAGAACCAAAGCAAACAGCAUUGGCAUACCUAUUACUGCACCACAUGGCAGGGAUGGUCUCAGAAAAUUACUUCUCAGAAUAAUUUUGUGAAUAAGGAUUUAUAUUUUCAAUUUUUUUUAAUGGUAAGUUCUAUUAAAGCUUGAACCUACACACCAAACCAUAUGAACUAAUUUAAUUAUGAAGAGUCUUAUUUCUGUAUGUAAUUAAAGCUAUUUUUCUACAUUA